AUGCCUCCUCGUAAGGCUGCAAAGAAGAAGCUGACCCUGAGUCCUUCUACUUCCGUCGCGCAGUUACCAGUAACCUCUGCGCCUAACUUGACUAAGCCGGCUCCUGCUCUGGAGCUGCCCUCACCGUCACCUCAUGCUACGGUACACACAACCAAGGCACCUACGCCUACUAAGAGGACCUCUUCUUCGUCUUCUACUACGUCAAGUCUGUCGUCUACGACACCAAACUUUGAGCCUCGCUAUCACACUCGAAGCGUUACCCGUGCUCGUGCAAAUAAUUCGGUGUUACCCACCAAGGGGGGAAGUGAACCAAAUGCUCGCUCCCUCACUUUUCCAGACAAAAUCCAAUAUAUGAAAGCAUCUGAUUCAAAGAAGCGCUCACAUGCAAAUAUCCUAUUAGUUCAAACGGUCAACCAGGUGGGUAAAUCCGGACAACAGGAAACAAUACCUACUCGUGAUUCAAUCUUACAUGCUGCCACAAUGUAUGCUGAACCAAACUCAAUCACUCAGAACAAUACCUAA